CGCCUUCCGAUGGCGGCGGAGGCGGAGCAGCCGCGGCGGUGGGCGGCGACGUACACGAAGCACGUGAAGCAGAAGCGCAAGGCGUACCAGGACGGCGCUCUCGUCCUCCACACGGCCUCCGGCAACCUCGUCCUCCUCGACGACGCCGGGGGCACCGUCGAGUGCAGGUUCCUCCGCGCCGGCGAGGAGGUCUCCCCCGGCGCCUCGCUCGCGUUCCAGCGCCACCUCGUAGACGUCGGCGAGCCCGAGCCCCACCCCACCUGCUACUCCGGGCCCUCCUCCGCGGCGGCUGCCGCCCCCGCUUCCAGAGCGGUCCACCGGGGCGGCGCCAGGGCGCGUCCGAGCGCGGUGAACUCGCGGCCUCCCCGCGCGUUCGCGAACCCUACUACGAAGGGCGGCGGCGGUGGAGGCUGCAAUGAUGAAGCCGUUGCUUCGAGUUUCCAAGAGUGGAACGCACUAUACACUACCCAUCUGACUCAGAAGGCGAAGAAGUUCCACGAUGGUGUAGUCAGGCUCGUGCAGGUCGGUUCGCAUGCCAAGCAGAUAGUUUUGCUGGAUGAAGAGGGCGAGGUACUAGCCAUCAGGUACCUCAAGUCAGGGGAAUCUGUGGAAAGUGGGAGGAAAUGCCAUUUCCCUAACUAUCUUAUUGAGAUUUGCGAGGUGAAGAGUGAAAAACAAGCUUUAGAAAGUGAUACCUCAGGGAAGCCUAUGGUGCAGAGGAGUGGGGAGAAAACAAGUAAAAAGACAGGAUCAGAUUCAACAAGUAAAUCUCUCAAAUUUAUUACUCCACAAAUAUUUCAUGAUCUUGAGGGUAGUAAAUCAUCAAAUACCGCUGGUUCAAGUAAGCCACAUCCUACAAGGAUUGGAGUUGUGGAUGCUGGUAGCUCAGGAAACAUUAUGGUUUCAACAGACUCUGGAUUUAAAGAAUGGAGUGCUUUAUAUACCACCCAACUAACUCAGAAGGCAAAGAAGUACCAUGAUGGUGUUAUAAAGCUCGUGCACAUUGGUUCACAUGCAAAGCAGAUUGUUCUGCUGGAUGAAGAGGGUGGAGUGCUUGGCAGCAGAUAUCUCAAGUCAGGUGAAUCUGUCGAAAGCGGGAUGAAAUGCCAGCUGCCUAAUUAUCUUAUUGAAGUUUGUGAGAUGAGAAAACAAAAAAGUGAUGUAGAGUCUAAAAACCCUUCAGAGGAGGCUGUGAGUCACACUAGACCAACGAAUGGAGAGAAUGCAACAGACAGGACAGAUGACAGAAACAAAUCUCCAAAAUUUGUCAGUCCACUAAAGUUCAACCAUUUCCAGAAGAGUAGAUUACAAGAUACUCAGAAAGGUAAAACAGAUAUUACUGUUGGCUACAGCACAGACCUUGGCAGAUCAAAAUUUAGUAACUUGGAUGAUCCAUAUAAACGUAAUGAUUUUCAGGGUGGUAAAUCUGGAUGUUCUAAUAGUUUUAUCAGGACAGAGGUUGAGAAGCCAACUUUUGGUACCAUGGAUGAUUCUUUGAGAACUGCAUCCCAAAUACUGUCUAUCAUGAGGCCCCCAUCUGAAAUCAAAUACCCCCAAUGCAUUCCGGCUUCACAAGUGCACUCGGCAUCCUUUGGGUCAAAUAUAGCUUGUGAUGCAGAUCAUAGCAAGACAGCUUCUAACAUAUCAGUGAUCAACAGUUCAAACAGAACUUUUGGUGGUAAUAGGAACUCUGGAUUGUCUCAAUGUGCUACGCUACUUCGUACAUCAGUGCAGUCUUGCUUAAAUUUAGAAACUCAUAAUACAAAGAACUCAAUAAGCACACAUCAUCGGAAUGAGUUAUCUGGGAAUGUUCUUCCAACUUAUGAUCAUCAGACAAUCAUGAGUCCAACUUUUGAUAGUCUGGUAUUGGACAUAGUGGAUAGCCCGACAUUUGGUGUGUCCAAUGCAAAAGAGCAGAGGCAAGGUUCAACAAGGGACCAUCAAACCGAGAGUUUUAAUGAUUCUACACUAGCUAUGCGUACUUCCAGCCCAGGUCUUCCAACGGAUGAAAGUGAAAAUGCAGAUCAGCUUGUUAACAAGAGAGUGGUGGAUGAAAAAUGUGGCAGCUACCCUUUUUUGUCUGCAAGCGAUCUAGCAUUAAUAGAUGAUGAUUGCCCUUCAUUUGAUCUUGGCUUCUAGCAGAAGGGUUUCGUUGGAGGUUCACCAUAUGAUUACUUCUCACGGAGAAUGGAUGGCGUGAAGGCGCACUCUGCGUUGUAAGUUGUAACAAAACAAUGGGCAGGUAAAAAGACUAAUUGUUAAUGAGUAGGCAGGCUCAGGUUAAGGUAACAGUUUAGGCAGAUAAAGAUUCAACGUGCAGUUUACCUUUCCUUUUCCUUUCUUUCUUUUUAAAUACUGGUCCGCUUUUCUUGACACGGUAACGUGUGAAAGGUAUUUUCUGUAGUAGUGCAGUGUAAAGAGAACGUCAAAAUUAUUGCCCAUCUUGUUGCUUUUGUUUCUUAUAAGUCAAAAUUUAAA